AUGAUGUUCAUGGAUUUAAGAUCCCCGUCACCAAACGUCACCUGGUGGAGGAACAACGAACAGCUGAGUGACUCGUGGUACCUGAGGACUCCUGGUCAGGUGGUUAAUGAGCUCAAGGUGGAGAAGCUGGCACGAGAUUGGCACAACACGUCGGUGACCUGUGUGGCUGCCAACACCCAUCUCGCUAAUCCUGUGUCGAUAGAUGUCAACGUCCAGAUGUUCUUGUUGCCAACUAGCGUGGUGAUCAGUAACCCCGGCGCCGUGAGGGAGGGACAACAGGUGAGGCUGGUGUGUACCUCCACUGGUUCCAGACCCUCCGCCUCCCUCUCCUGGACUGUCAGGGGCGUCACCAGGCCAGCCCAGAAGGAGAACCUGGUGUACGGAGACGUGACCAGCUCUACACUAGUGACCAACCUCACCCGCAAAGAUCACAACACGAGAGUCACCUGCAGGGCUGCCAACCCCGCUGUCCCUGAUGCUCCCAUAGCCAACACCACCACACUCAUAGUCCACUACCCACCUACAGUAGCUGCGUCGCUCGGUCGUUCACUACGGCCGGAGUUACUGAAGGAGGGAGACGAUGUUUACUUUACCUGUACCGUGGAGGCCAACCCCCCAGCCUCCACCAUCACCUGGUAUCACGAGGUAGGUACACCCGACCUCCACUACCUCCUCAGAAAUACCAGAGAUACCACCUCACACACACAGUACUUCAAACCUACCUGUUGCUUUAGCCCAAAUCACUAAAUCAACGCAAUUAUUCGAUCAUUUCAGUACAGUAUGCAA